AUGCUGCCUUCCAGUGGAAUUCUUUUUAUUUUGCUGCCGGUUAGUUUAUGGUGGACCAGAAGCAAUGGUUACAGUAGUACAGUCAGUACAAACACUGGCAAUAGUUCAACUACAGAUACAACUCCACCUACACACCAAGGAAUUUCACAUCAGUUAGGUCUUACUGAAGAUAAUGGAAUAACUCCUUCUGCUAUAAGCUAUGUUGCACCAACAACGGGCAUUAAAAAUGCAACAGAAAGUACAGUAAUAGAGAGCAUCACUCAAAGCAAUAGUGUAUCUCAGAGUUCCUCUAACACAGUGUUAUCUUUGAUUUCACAUGUGGAUAAGGGUUCAACAGAGGGCACAAAUACCUCUGCCAAAAACGUCAACAGAAUCUCACCAUCUUCAACAAUAUCCAUAACCAUGAGUGACACUUCCACAGUGACUGAAAGCAACAUGCCUACAAAUACUGGUGUAUCAUCGAAAACGGAAACCAAAAACUUCACUUCAGUCACCUAUAAGACCAGUUCUACUGCAACAAUCUCCACUAAAGACUCUCUAAAGAGCUCCACAGAAGUCUCAUCCACGAACAGUCCAUCAAAUACACUGACCACAUUAUCCACACACAAGAGUGGCAGUGUCACAACAGACUUCAAAACAAUUUCACAGACUACAAAAAACGUACACCAGAAUUUCACCAACCAUUCUAUAGUCCCAUCAAAUCCGAAAGAACCCAAUAAAGAGAAUCGCCACAGUGCAGGAGUAGUGCUUGGUGCGAUUGUGGGAGCCAUUCUAGGAUCUGCAUUAAUUGGUCUGAUUGGGUACUUUAUAUGUGGGAAAAGAAAGUCUGGCUCAUUUUCCCAUCAACGACUUUAUGAUGACACAAGGAGUGAACCAGGUCUCCGAUUAGAUAAUUCAUCACAUGAUGUGAGCUUUGGUGAUUUGUCUUAUUACAACCCCAGCACAACAAACGAACCAGCAGCACCGAACAGCAGAGGAAGACCUUAUGAUGGCAUUCCAAUGGGUGACAUGACUUCAUCUCAACCCUCAGCAUAA